AUGUCGUCUGUUAGCAGUCAUCUUAUGCGCCGGGGCACCGAGCUUGCUGCCGCUCACUUGCGGGGGCCUGCGAAUAAUCCCAACACUGCAGAGCCCCAUGGGGGACUGGUGGCUCUCUUUGCCAUCACUGGUGUUGUGUUGGCUCUGAUGUUCUGCGCUGUCGAGUAUACCUAUGGCAUGGUGAUUGCGACCUUGGCCGCGGUCGAAGAUACCAACCCUGACAUCUAUGUUCGCAUUGCAUCCGAGCCCGACCCUAUCAAGCCCACCGAUGAGGAAGAGCCCCAGCUCGAUGCUGCCACUCCCCUCAAGCCCAUCACCAGCAAGCUGCGCACUACCGUGAAGCACCUGCGCUCCCGUGCUGGCUUCUGGUCGCGCUUCCGCGGUAUUGGCAUGUUCGUGGCUUACUCUGCCGCUCGCGGUUUCCUUUCUUCUUUUGUUCCCAUCCCGACUACUUCUUACCUUGGCCAGUUCUUCGUUCAGUCCAUCUUGAGCGUUCUGCUCGCUACCUGGCAGAUGGCUUGGGUCCACAUUGUCAUCUCCGAGCCCUCCCCCAAGAGAUUCUAUCAGCGAAUUCCCAGCUACAAAUCCUGGAUUAAGAUUGCCCCUGCGGCUGCCGUGGAGGACAUCCUCACUGCUGCUGCUUUCUUCAUCCCAAUGUCGAUUGCUAACUUUGCUGGCUGGCUCGACAUUUCCAACGACAAGGAAGUGCCAUCCAUGGUGGCCUUGUUCCGCUUCAUGGGCGUCAGCGUUGUUCCCGCUAUUUUGGCCUUCUUGAUCUCCAUCCCUGCUCGUGUCGUCUUUGUUCGUGUGGCUGCUUCUAUGCUGCCCGAGGAAGAUGAGACCAUCGUGCCCUUCGACCGUUCCUUCGGUGGUAAAGUCAACCCUGCUAUCACCGGAGGCAGUGGCAAGAUUGGUAUCGUGGAUGCUUGGACCACCUUUGACUGGGCUGCUCGCGUUCGGUACGCCAAGGUCUUGGGUAAGACCUUUGCCAUUGAGGUGGCGCUUGGUGUCUUUGCCGCCCUUGUGCUCGGUGGCCAAGUCGUUCUGAUGAUGAAGACUGCCAAGCCUGUCAAGGACAAUUCUCCCGCAUUUUAA